AUGCCGUUCGUCAGCGAGGGAAAGUGUGUGAGCGUGGAGUGGGACUUCCUACAGGGACUACUGGCCAAACCCCCCACCCUGCCUUGUUUGCAGAACCUGCGGAAGGAGAAGUCUCGUAAUGCCGCUCGUUCCCGUCGCGGCAAGGAGAACUUUGAGUUCUUUGAGCUGNUCUCCUCCUCCAGUUUGCAGAACCUGCGGAAGGAGAAGUCUCGUAAUGCCGCUCGUUCCCGUCGCGGCAAGGAGAACUUUGAGUUCUUUGAGCUGGCCAAGAUGCUGCCUCUCCCCGGGGCCAUCACCAGCCAGCUGGACAAGGCCUCGGUCAUCCGUCUCACCAUCAGCUACUUGCACAUGUGCACCUUCGCCAGCCAGGGAGACCCGCCCUGGUGCCCCCUGCUGGAGGGAGAGAACCACUGCAGCAAAGUGCGACGCUCCUCCCACUCUCUGGCCACUGACAUGUUCGAACAGCACCUGGGAGCACACCUGUUACAGUCUCUGGACGGCUUUGUGUUUGUGGUAAGCUCGGAGGGACGAUUCCUCUACAUAUCAGAGACUGUUUCCAUCUACCUGGGCCUCUCACAGGUGGAGUUGAUGGGCAGCAGUGUGUUUGACUACAUCCACCCAGCGGACCAUGUGGAGAUGGCUGAGCGUCUGGGCAUCAGGCCCCACCUGAGGGCCGAGGCUGGCUGCCACGUGGCCCCUGAGAGCGCUUCCAGCUCUGCCUCCACAUCCUCCCUGGCAGGGACCCCUGAGCCUGCCCCCUCAAGCCCUCUCUCUCCAGGGAACGAACCGCCUGACCGAGGCUUCUUCAUCCGUAUGAAGUCCACCCUCACCAAGAGAGGCCUCCACGUCAAGUCCUCGGGCUACAAGGUCAGACCCAGUGGUUGCGGGGAAGGGUCAGGGGUGGUUGACCUAUGGCUUGUGGGUCUGUCCAAGUACCUACGUGCCACGCUGUGGCUCCAGAGAACAGUAGCAGGUCAACACGAGAGCCCCACUGGCAACAGCAACGUCAUCUGGGUAAACUACGUCAUCAGUCGAACAGAGCUCCCAGACACUCCCCUGGAUCUGCUGCAGCUCCCAGAGAGUCUGAGGGCAGAGCGUCUGAAAGCCAGCUCCUCCCCUUCGGAACUCUCGCCACAAGCCCGGGGUCCACAGCCAAUGAAAAGCUCUGUGUGUAAAGGUGACCCUGACUCUAAACUGAGAGAGAUCUAUAAUCCCGGAGUCCAGUCAGGGGACAGGAGGAAGCGUCCGCUGCGGUCUGACUCUGAAGGCGCUCCCCCGGAAACGCGGCGUCGCCUGGAAGAGUUCCGCCAGAGAGAGGGGAGUGUGUCCGCCUCCUCAGACAUGGGCAGUGAGAGCGAGGGAGAGGAGAGAGCGUGGGAGCAGGGGGGAGACAGCGCGAGGGUCAAACGAGAGGAGGGGCCUUCGAAACAAGGUGGGGAGACCCCAGUGAGGGGCGAAAGGGGUGGCAGGGUGCACAACGGCCGUGCGGUAAUCCAGCACCUUAAGAGUGUAGUGUCCUCGCCUCUCUCUGGUCCCCACAACAUCAAGACUGAACAUGAGGCACUGGCUGCAGGGGGUCGCUGGACACACACACAACCCCCACCCUCGCACACACACACCCCCUGCGGUAGCCUGAACGGCGACAGUCCCCCGACCCCUAUCCCAGACUCCUCCUCCAGCAGUGAAGCCCCACCCAAAGGUAUUUUCACCCCGCCCUCCCCCGCCAUGUCUCCUCCCAUGUCCGGCUCCUCCCCUCUACCUUGUGAGGAGCGGGGAAUGUUGUCUGGAGGCCGGGGGGGCGGGCCUGACUUUGAGCUGUUGCAGAGACUGGCAGCGGGGGGUGCUGCAGGACGGGUGCUCUUCCACCCCCUGACCCUCGGCCCCCAGGGGCCACAGAGCCUGUACGCCCCCAGUACCAUCCGCUAUGCGCCCCCAGAGCUGCCCCCCUCUCACCCCGGUGCUGAGGGGCUGCGCUCCGACCACCACAAGGGACCUCCAGCCUUCUACCCCCACCUCCAGAGGCUGGCCGGCCUGCCCUCCUUCAGUGGGUUCUCUGCCUCGGACAAUCCCUUCAACCCCUUCUGUAUGAACGGACUGAGGGGGGCCGCAGGGUCCGAGGAGGACUGAAAGAGAGGAGGGGCUUUAGAGAGACAUGGGGGCAGGACAUCGGGACAUGUGGGGUUGGGAAACUGAACAAAGGACCAUUUGCACAGCUUCCAUGGGGAGUCAGAUGGUGUCCAACACAGGUGACAGGAUGGGUGACACUCAAAGUGGACUUUGACACUUGACUUUACCCCACUAGCUGUCCAAGCUUUGUCCCCCUCUCUGCUCUACCAUAUCCUCUCUCCGCUGCUGUUAAAUGACUGUGCAGUGUUUCAUGUCUCUUUCUUCCACUCAGAAAAGCCAUAUUGUACAUAGAGACAGGACCAUACACACCUUCACUACUCCAUCCUCAGUAUUAUACCAACUGCUCCUGAGCCUGUCAGACUGACUUCUGUGUGAAUGAAAAAAAUAGGGGUAAAAAUGGAUGACAUUUUUUCACUUGUUUGUGUAAAAUACUGAAUCAUCUCUUAAACAGAGUUAGAAAUCAUACUCUGACACAAUAGUGGAAAUAUAGAGGUCUGAGCCUAUCUCAUGGACGCCCAAAAUGAUAUUUGAACACAUCUCGGGUACUCCUUCCUUCCAUAAAGUGAACCCCGCUGAAGAGGGUUUGAAACACUGAAAGCACAGAGGAGUGAGAGAGUCCCAGAUACAUUCCAUUCCACUCUGAGACUGUUCUGCCUGGGAAAGAAAGGUAUGGGAGGGGAACGUACAAUACCUCUACUGGCUGGUCACUUUGUAAUGUUUUCAGUCUUGUAAAAACUGAAAAUGGUCCUACAGAAUGAAGUGUUGUGAAAGUUAAAGACGCUGGGCUGUGCUGUGUAUGAGAUGAAAGCCUUAUUCCUAUUAUAUUGUCAUGUUGUUGUCAUAGGGUGAAGUGGGAGAGGUGUAAAAAUGAUUGUCUUACUAGAGGACAUACUUUGGGAAAUGCCACAGUUUAAUUCAGAAACCCUCAACAAAUGUAUUAGAAGUGAAGGGUUUGGGGAGGAAUCUUUUUUUUUCUCUCACAAUAUUUGUCCCGAGCACUUACUGAAAUUAGUUGUGAACACAUAGCACUUCAUCUUUUGAAUUUCCUUGUGUGUAUUAAGAAUUAAAUACAAGAGUGGUCAAGAUGAAUACCACAAACGGCCCACAAAAUGUAGGGUCAUUUAAAGAAAGACCACAGGAGUUUAAUACAUGGUCAUUAAACGUGUGGUCAUUCAAACAUGACCAUGGGGAUUUAGUACAGUUGAUGGUCAAUAAAAAAAGAACUCACUUUUUGUUCUCAAAGUGAAACAUCCAUAUUAGGUCAUUAGAGGUGGAGUGGAAAACAGGGGUCAAAUAUUCAUAUAUUAAAUCAUAUCAAAUAUAUACAUUUUUAUACUCAUCACCAGAAAUUCCAUCCCAAAAUAUUGUGAGGUCAUAAAAGAAAGACAUCCCAAACUGAUAUUAAAGAGAGAUUAAAAUGUCCCGAUCCUAAAUCGCUAUCCUGGUCAUAAAUGAAGUGUUACUGAUGGACUGGGUUGGAUGUCGGCUGUACAAGACCAUAUCUGGCAUACAAGGGGUUGUCUGUGCGCCGGUUAUAAUUCCACUGGCUCUACUACAAUAAGACCAGAUAAAAACCCUAGGCAUCACUGUGACUCUAACCCGUUUCUGUUCAAAUAUUUGUGAAUAUACCAUCCACUUCUGAUCUUCAAAUUAAAAUGAACCAAUGUAUAAAAACUAUCAAACUGAUGACGAUAAUAAAAUAUUCCAUUAGAGGAGCACAAAAAAGAUUUUUGA